CUUUCUUAAGGAGGAGGUGAAAGAGCAUCUGAAGAAGUGCAGAAGGAAGCAGAAGGUUCUCUGUGAGCCCCCAGCUCCAGGUAACCACCAUGGAUACUUGCAGGGCACCUGCAAACGCCUCCAAGUGCAGUGGGAACACCAUGGAGUGCUUCAUGGUGCUCAGCACACAGACACAGAAGAUUAGCAUUGGCAUCCUGUGUGGCCUCUUUGGGACAAUGUGUGUUUUUGAGAACUCCUUGGUGCUCUACCUGAUCUUCUCUUCCCCUGGGAUCAGGAAAAAACCUUCCUACCUCUUCAUCGGCAGCCUGGCCCUGGCUGACAUCCUGGCCAGCAUCAUCUUUGUCUGCAGCUUUGUGAACUUCCACGUGUUCAACGAGGCUGGUUUCUCCAAGGAGGUGUUCCUGCUGCAGCUGGGAGGGGUGAACACGUCCUUCUCUGCCUCCCUCAGCAGCCUGCUGCUCACAGCCCUGGACCGCUACAUCUCCAUCAGCAGACCCUCGGAAUACAAGCUCCUGAUGACCAGGAAAAGAGCCUGGACAGCCCUGGCCGUGCUCUGGCUGACCUGUGCCACCAUAGCUUGCCUGCCCCUGCUGGGCUGGAAUUGCUGCGUGCUGGAUUCUGUGUGCUCCGAGCUGUUCCCCUUUGUAGAUGACAAUUACCAGUCAGGCUGGGUCUGCUUCGUCAUGGUCCUGCUGGGCUGCAUCGUCUACGCCUACGCCCAUGUGCUCUGGAGGGCUCGCCAGCACGUGGCCUACAUGGAGAAGCACCAGGCACAGGUAGGGAAGCAAAAUACCCGGAUGAGGAUGGAUGUGAUGCUGGCCAAGACCCUGGUGAUGGUGCUGGCUGUGCUCAUGCUCUGCUGGUCCCCCGUGCUCGUGCUCAUGAUCUACAGCAUCUUCGCCAGGCUGAGCGACCACCUGCGCAAGGUGUUCGCCUUCUGCAGCACCCUCUGCCUGCUCAACUCCAUGGUGAACCCCAUCAUUUACGCCCUGAGGAGCAAGGAGCUGUUCUCCUCCCUGAGGAGGGUGUUCUCCCACUUCAGGAGGCAGCUGAAGGUCACUGAGGAGAUCCCAGAAGCAGAGAGCACCCACAAGUCCUCCGUGAUAGAGACAGUCUGCGAGGACACACACACAAUGUAGGGAGGCACCUGGGGGGAAUCCACACCCUCAGGAAGGAAGGAACAGCCUGGAUCACUUUUCUUUUUCUUUUCUCUUCUGAUGGCAGUUGAGGGGUCUCUGAUAUGGAGACAGCUUCUGCUGGUGUCACCCUUUAACUGGGACAAAAAGUGCACAGACUUUGCUCUCAGGCACAAGUUGGGAUUGUUGGGGUGUCCUGUGCCAGGAGUUGGACUGGAUGAUCUUUGGGGUGUCCCAGCU